AUGAAGACCGUCACAAUCUGGGGGUGGAUCUGCUAUGCCCCACUUGUGACAUUGUCGCAAGCUCUGCAGCCCCCAGUCAGCCCACAAGGGAGAUCCAUCCAGGGGCCAUGCUUUUAUGGGCCACAAGUGGAGUGGCGGUCGCGGCAAGAGGUCUGCCGGCCACCAGCGAGGUGCUUUGCUGACGUUGGGGGCAGCGGGGAAGAUGGGUUCGAAGGGUCAAUGCCCAAAGCCACAGCUGCUGCAAUUCAAGGGCUGCACCCCCCAGACUCACCCGAGGCCUCUAGAGGUGCAGAAGAGGAAGAUGAUGAUGAUGAUGAUGAUGAUGGCGAUGGUGAGGGGGAUGGGGACGAUGAUGAUGAGAGCGUGAGUGUGUUGGAUCAGUACACGGGGCGGGAUGGCUAUGUUACAAGCGAGCUGCUGAGGGGGGAGGGGGCAGAUGAACAUGGAGGGGGAUCUGAAGGUGGGGUGGGGAGUGAGCGGGAGGAAGAAGUGGAGGAAGAUCUGGACACCGGGGCCCAAAUGUUCAGGGAGUUCUUGCAGGCGCCAGCCAGGCAGAGAAGACACUUGCUUCGCGACCUACUGUCGCCGAAGAUCUUGGGUGAUGAAAAGCCCACUGGCCUUGACCGUGCUGACCUGGUCGAUGAGGAGCACAUGUACAACUUCCUGGUGGACAUCCGGCUAUCACAGAAGGCAGUCAAAUCAGGCAGGAUCACUCGAUACCGAUCCAUGAUGGUUGUGGGGGAUUUAAAGGGUCUUGUGGGCUACGGAUAUGGCAAGUCGUCCACAGUCCAUGGCGCUGUGGAGAGGGCCCGACGGAGGGCUCUGAAGGACCUUAUUUACAUCCCCCGGUAUCGGGAGCACACAAUAUAUGCACCCUCUGAGGCCACAGUGACAGAAACGAAAGUUAUGCUCUGGCCACGGCCACGGGGCUUUGGCGUUGUGGCCAACGACAUGCUGUUCCAAGUGUGCGAGCUCAUCGGACUCAUGGACGUCAGCAUCAAGGUGCUGGGCAGGAAGAACCGCUUCAACACGAUCAAGGCCCUGUUCGAGGCGCUGGAGAAGAUCCCCACACCCCUGGAGCAAGCGGAGGAGCAGGGCGUGUACAUGAGGGAGAGAGCGUGCCUGCCAAAAAAGAGGCUGCAGUCCCUGCUGGGAACUGGAAGGGCUUUGUAG